UGAGACGGUAAACCCGCCAAGAAGCCCGGCAGUUGACUCACAGUACACGACUACGUGGGUGUCCAGCGCACAAAGACAAGUUCGCGUACCCGUUGGCCAUUCUCGUGCAACAGACACACUCCGCGCGCGCUUGUCCAUGGCCGGAGAUGCGACUCUGCCUGCGCUCCUCCGGUUGCAUUUAAUUUUCUGUGGAGAAACCACUCAGAGUUGCAUAGGGUGUUCUCUGGAAACGACGGUCUUUUGCUGCCUUUCUUCAUUUUGUUGGCCUCAACGUGAGCAAUCCGUCGCUGCACGUGAAUUGCAGUUGCCAGACUCGCGUGAGCGUUGCCGCUACCUCAAGGAUUCACGUGCGGUUUUCCGUCAUUCAUUUCGCAAGUUUUUCGAGACUUUUUGUGAGGCGACUCUGCCGUCUUCGCUUUCUGCGAACUCCACAAAAGGACGGCUCGCGCGCUCUCGUUCGCUCGAGGACCGCGAAACGUCAAAUUCGUGUCUGUGUCGUGUAGCAGCUGUUCAAACGACAUUUCUCUCGCGUACGCGCUUCCGCGUCUGGAAACUCAAGACCUAUACGGACGCUCUUGCAACUCUGAAUUUUUCUCCAUCCUCGUCCGGAGAUUUUUCCCCCCCUGUCCUUCCCCGUGCUGGAUACUCGCAGGUCGAGAGGUCGUGCGGCUGACCACGAGUGCGGCACUUUCCCGUCAGUGAGAAGUCCAGAGUCCAGGAAACUUGACCCUUGUUUCCCUGUUUCCCUAAGCUUUCCCCCUCUUUUUCGCCUUCUUCGCUUUCCUCAUUCCGUGUAUUCCUCACCUCUUCCUCCGAACAGAACCGCCAGCAGUCAACUGCUAGCGCGCUUUCUUCAAACCACGUUACUCUGUAAACUUAUCGUUCCCCGACACACCUAGCUUUUUGGUCUCUUUGUUCCACUUCGGUCGCAGACCCACAGAACCUCUCUCGUUUUCUUGGCGGUGCCAGCUCAGAACGCUCAGCGCGCUUUUCCCGCGCAGGAGUGCGUACGAUUGGAGUAUUUUUUUGGUGCCAGGCGUCGUCUUCGAGACGCGCACUUCUUCUCGCAAUGGGGAACACCGUCCAGAGUCCACGGAGCCGACACUACGGCUACUCUAGCAUGCGCACAGGUCCCGGUGGAGACUCGCCUUUGCAUGCGGACGCUUCUCUCUGUGGAUGCCCAAGAACGCACGCCUUGACUUCCGACAGUCGAUACAGCAUGAUGUGUUGCCAGUCGAAUGGACGGAAAAUGGAGCAGUUCAAAACCCGAGACGAGGCCCUCGCGACGGCGCGCUACUACCGAGACCGGAACUUCGACCUCGCCCUGCAUGCAUACAGUGCAGCUCUGGAUUUCCCGACUGGGUCCGGUCCUCAGAACAACCCCCACAGACGGCGCGUCGAAGUCGUGCAACUCUCUCAAGAGCUCCAGAAGCUUCCCAAGACCUCUGAAGCUGGAAGGGGAACUGAAGGCGAGUCCUGCAGAGCCGCGAGCACCUGCGGCGACUGCGACAGGGAGGCUUCCUUCUCAAAGGCAGAGAUCUGCAGCGCGUCGACAGCGUUGUCGGUGGGAGGGGGCAGCAGCUCCCGCCUGCAGUCUGAGGAGCUUCAGGACGUUUCGUUUGAGAUGAAGACGGAGAAAAGCGAGGAUGGAUCUACUUCGCUGCCGAGUCUCCCGCCUCUCACCCCUGCCCUGUUGGAGCAGGAGGGCAACAGCAACUGCCCGCGUUCGGGUCUCGGCGCUGGACGCUUCUUCCAGAGCAGCUCCAGCUCGCUCGCACUCGAAGCUGCGGCUGCAUCCACGGAGGAAAGCGGCGCGCUCUUGACUGCAAAGAUUUGCGACGAAAUUGCACAACUUUACCUCACGAGAGGUGAGAAAGAAGACGCACUCAGAUACUACAACCGAGCCAUCAGCCUCGCUCCUGCAGUAGUGGUCUUCAUCUACCGCAGAGGCGUGGUUCUGCAGCUCCUCGGUCAGGAAGAAGCUGCCGUCUUCGCCUUUCGACGCGCCCUCCAAGUCGACCCCGAAUAUAAGCCGGCGCUCUUCAACCUGGGGACCUGCCUCAUGCGCCGCGAAGACAGCCGCGACGAGGCGCGCUCCAUCUUCCAGAAACUCGCCACUCUCGAACCCGCAGACGACCAGGUAUUGUCACUGGUUGCUCACUGCUACGAGAUGGACAGUCGGUUCGAGGAAGCGCUGAUGUACAGGCAGCGCGUCGUUCAACUGGAUCCACAGAACUUCCGUGCGAAUCGAGAGCUGAAUCAACUGAAACAACAGAUUCUGAAGGAAACCGGCGCGCAGUUCGGCGCGGCGAAGCUCAGAAAAGCCACUACUGUCAUGUAACUUUUUCCACAAAAGUGGUGUAAACAGCGCGAGGAAGAAAACGAUUCUGCGCUACAUCACCGACCGCGGGGAAGAAGAAAGACAAGAAGACGGCUGAAAGGGAGAAAAAAAGGAAGAGCGAAGGAGAGAAGACGCGCUAGACGGUAGAGGGGGAAAACGGGGGGAUGAGCAAAGAGAGGUCUAGGAAACUGGGGAUUCCUAAAACAGCUUGCAUUAGGGAAGGCCAUUUGAGACGCUACAAAGGCGCAUAUACGUUCAUGCAGGCCGAUACACAUUCGUGUAACUUGAUAUGUAUGUGUGAGUAUGUGCGUACAACGGGAUAAACAUAUAUGUCUGUAUAUGUACGGAUUGUGGGGUUCUCUCUGUACGUGUGCCUGUGACUGUUUCAACUCUCAACUCGCGUGGAUAUGUACGUCUGCAUGCACAUGUUUGUUUUCUCUUGGCAUACAUGUCCUUUGUUGCUGGAGAAAGUUCUGGAAGUUCGUGCGAUCUCACUGGUUUCCGGAGGAGGACAAGCUCUCGUGAGCCCACGUGUCUUUUGAGUUUCGUGAACAAAAGUAGACGAAAGUGGAUGCACUUACAUGGGUAUACAUUAACGCAAAUAUCUUUGUAUACAUGCUCUUCCAGUUAUACGCCUCCCUUUGUGCGUGCAUAAGUAAAUCAUACACCCUGACGUGAAGAAGCGUACUUCGAGGAUAAAUGUGUGCUGUUUGUGUACGACUGUAUGACCCGUAGAGUGGAGGCAAGUACGCAUAGUCGUACGCAUGCGUCUUCACACGUACGUCAAGAAAUCGAGAAAAACGGGUUUUUUCUGGGUUGCGGAUUGUGAAUUCGUUCCUUUCCUUUGUCCCGAAAGCUUCUUUUGCUCACGGGGUGCGUCGCUGAACUGUAGCACUCUUUCCGGUCUUCCACCUACACACACUGUUCUGGUUCAUGACACCAGCACAAUGCCUGCGACGACCUCUACACACACGCUUACACGCAUUCUAUGCACUCUUUCUUUCACCUGGUGACACGCAUACAUAUAAAUAUGUAUCGUGUGUAGGCGAUUGUGAUCUACUGGGAUAGGAGCGCUUGGUUCUGGGCGUUGUGCCAUGUCUAGCUGAAUGUUGUCCACUUUCUCUCGGUUGACGUAAUUUCCUGGUGUCUCAUCUGGGUGGUUCCGCACUGUAUGUGCGCGGGAAGCGUCCACGAUUUACUAAAAGUCUACGAUAUUUCACUUUGCAGAUUGACUCGUCAGACCUGCGCCCCGCAUCCGACACUUGCAAUUUGUUUUUCGUAUCGGGCGGUGCACACGUUCUUUUCGCCAGUCAUGACACUUGGCCCGUAUGGUGUUUGUGGGUUCGCCUGCAAGCUCUUCAGGUUUUUGUGUUUUCUCGGUGGAAAAAGGAAAUGCGCACUUGUCUGUGCAAAAGUGGGUUGUGGGCGGGGUGGGCGAGCACUCGAGGAAACCCGGACUUGUCAGAGUGCGCGGAAGUCGCUCUGUCGACUGCCCUUUUGCAACUGGGAAUUCGAGGUUUUCUGGCUUGCAAGCGUCCGUGUAAGGCAUCACAGUGUUAAUGGAGGUAAACCGACACUUCUCCGCUCUUCCGAAAGUUAAGAAACGCAAAAACGAACUCCCGGGGCAGCGGACUCGUUGAGAUUGCGGUGCUUGGCAGUACUGUGAUAAAUGCGAUGGACCGCGUAGCCGUCGACAGGAUCAACCUUUUCUAGUCUCCCCA